GCAUUUGCUAUAUUUUCCGGUCUGGGCAUUCAUAAUACACAAAUGUACGAAAUGGCAGAACAACUGAUGGCAAAGCAGAAGGUGGCCUUGGAGGUAUUAUCCUACCAUGCGACUGCCCAAGAUCACGAGGUUGAAAGACUAUCGAAGUCCACCGUUCCUCUGGCCGAGGAAUUUAAGCUCUACGAAUUCGAAUUCAGCGACUUAGAUCUGACAGAUGAUUUGACCUGCCUGGCAACUAUCCGGAUGUUCAUUGAGUUCGACCUACUAGUUAAAUUUAGUAUCCCAUAUGAGGUUAUGUGCCGUUGGGUGCUCAGCGUAAAAAAGAACUACCGUCCUGUGACGUACCACAACUGGAGACAUGCGUUCAAUGUAACGCAGACAAUGUUCACCAUGAUGAAAGUUGGUGCAAUGCAGCGACACUUCAACGAUCUGGAACUGCUUGGUUUACUAGUUGCGUGUUUGUGCCAUGACCUUGAUCACCGAGGAACGAAUAACGCCUUUCAGACGAAGACAACAUCACCACUGGCUACUUUGUAUGGCACAUCAACGAUGGAACACCAUCACUUCGAUCAUAGCGUUAUGAUUCUGAAUAGUGAGGGCAACAACAUCUUCCAGGCGCUAUCAUCCGAUGAUUAUAGGAUAUUAAUCAAAGUACUUGAACACGCCAUUUUGUCAACUGAUCUUGCACUCUAUUUCAAAAAGAAGGGCGACUUUGUAUCAAUGGUGGAAGGCGGUGAGCGGGACUUUAUUGAUGACUCAAGACGGGAACUUCUUAGAGGCAUGAUGAUGACCGCAUGUGACGUGUCAGCAAUUUCUAAACCCUGGAAGGUGCAACGACAGGUUGCCGAGCUGGUCAGCAGCGAGUUCUUUGAACAAGGCGAUCUGGAGAAAAACGUCCUUCACGAACAACCAAUUGCCAUGAUGGACAGGGAGAAGAAAGAUGACCUACCAAAAAUGCAAGUUGGAUUCAUUGAUGCCAUCUGCAUACCCGUUUACAAGAAGUUCGCCGAAAUUCAACCGAAUUUGCAACCUCUCAUGAAUGGUGUGCUAACAAAUCGCCACAACUGGCAGACGCUCGCAGAAGAGAACGAACGCAAGAAGGAGGGUCGAAGUGUGAUGUCAGAUCACGGACGUAGAGCUUCAUCGAGGUCGUCGGGUGCGGAGACCGUGUGUCUGCGUCACAGCUUGCCUCGCACACCGACGCCUUGUACGACCGACUCGACCGACAAUCUACACAGCGUGACGACGUACGAACGGCAGCAGGGAAACUGGCAGCCGCCACCGACUGAAAGCAAAGAUGCUGAACCCAAGUCGGUGGCGGCGAAAUGUGUCAUUUACAGUGUGGAUGUGAGCCCAUAUUAUUACUGCGCCUUAUUGGAACUCAUGUGUGUAGUGAAUGGCAUAUACAUGCUGAUAUCAGAAGUACAUUGA